AUGACUCAUGACAUGUGUCGUGUCAGCACACUCGAUCCUGCCUUCGUCCUGAUUCUCGUCGGUGCCAUAGCGUUUGUGAUGGGUUUCGCUGGAUGCGUGGGAGCCCUACGAGAAAACACCUACCUGCUGCUCUUUUAUGCAGCCUUCUUAGGAAUACUUUUGUUUGCCGAGCUAGGUAUAGGAAUACUCGGAUUUGUAUAUAAAGACUGGGUAAAAGAUCAAGUUUCAGACGGGUUAGAAAGAUACAUAAUAUUAUACAGGGAUGAUCCAGAUCUACAGAACCUAAUAGACUGGGUACAAGGAUCAUGGCUGCACUGCUGUGGCAUCCAAACACCAGACGACUGGGACAAGAACCAAUACUUCAACUGCACGUCGAUCUCAAUAGGAAGUCGCGAAGCGUGCGGCGUGCCUUUCUCCUGCUGUAAACCCAAGCAGAUAUGGGAAAUCACUAAUUACAUGUGCGGGUACGACGCGCGAAGGAGUGAUAAGAAGGAUGAUUGGGACACUGUCAUCUACAUCACAGGCUGCCUACAAGCCGGGGAGGAGUGGUUCAUGCAGAAUCUGAUGUUCGUAGCGGGAAUAGCUGUCGGGAUCGCAGUCCUGCAGAUCAUGGGCAUCUGCUUUGCGCAAAAUCUUCGGGCUGACAUCUUCGCACAGAAGGCAAAGUGGCGUCAUUGAUGAAGGUCACAUGUAGAUAAGUGGAUCUUCUGAAGUUGAGCAUCCGCAUGCACUGUAUGUGUAUGCGUUGAUCUCCCCUGCGUGUGCCCAUGCACCACACACAUACAUGUAUUUGCUAUUGUACACACAAGUAUGCAAAUGUACCAUGGGUGAACAUGCACAUGUACUGUGUACACACGCGGUCAUGUAUUGCAUUUCACAUGCAAAUUGUAGAGCAUACAGAGUUUUACAAUGAUGUAACCGUGUGGGAGGAAAAUUGUGUCUAAACGUGUAAGAAUGAAUUGAUGAUGUAUAAUAUAAAGCUUCGACUGCCAUCGAUCGAUGUGAAUAUUAGCACGAGGUACAAAUGCGUGUGACGACUUCAGCAAAUUUUAACGUACUGAGUAGGUUUUACUGUUAAAUUGAAUUUUUACUGACGUUCCCAUGUACAAUAGUCGUCCAUAAAUGUGUAUUUUGUAAUAUAUAACGUGCCAUACUGGGCCGACCAAAUCGCGUACUGUGUAGUGGUGCAGGGGUGGGGGCGUGUUUCCCCCACCCCACGACUGAGGGUGGUUACUGGGUGGGAUGCUGAGGUGUGUAUGUGAAUCACUUGUAUGUGUGUCGAUCAUGGCUGCUGUAGGAGGAUGGUCAUCACUACACGGAUGCCAUCGCGACAUACGUGUAGAUGGUUUUCUGCUCGCGCGUCAUGGUUGUGACGACAAUGGCGGUGACAUCAAGUGGCGGCGAAGGAAGGUUGCAGCCUUGCUUCACGGAUAGUCGAAACCCUUCAUCGCUGACCGCUUACUGACCGCCGGUCACCACCGUCGAGCGGUCAUUACAGGGUCAUUCUCUCCGCGAUCGGCUGCUCCCUUGUUGUCACCCGGGCCGUCAGCCGCAUACGCUCCCUGCUCUUGCCACUCUAUACACCAGGAGGUGGUAGAGAGUGGGCUUUCGCUUCGGUGAAGUCUGUAGAGUAGGGCAUCAGGACCGAGGGAGGUGUAUCGCGGCGCCACCUGUCGGUAGGUGACGAGCGCUGACUGCAGGUUGUGACAGUGCUGCGAUGUGACGACAUGACGAUGUGACGAUCCUGCGUGGUGGUCACAGGUGCUGAGCGUACAUGUCCUGUUGUCUGUGUUGUGUGUGUGUGUAGGGGGGGGGGGAGGUGAUUAGGCUGGAUCCGUGCACAGGUGUGGUUGUCAUAGGUGUGAAAUCGUGUCAGCAGGCAAGUAAUAGAUGACAUUGUCCUCGCUAUGUGAAGCGUGGUGCCGCAACAAACCCGAAUGUACAGGGACGAUGAUGGCGGGGGGGGGGGGGAUAGGUAGAGAUAGUGAAGGAGAAACUCGAAGCUUAUUUAAUUUUAAUGAAAGUAAUGUUGAGGAAGGUAGAAACGUAGCGACGCAUGCCGAUGAACGGAGACGAAUCCUGUGUGUGAGGCCUGGACAGCCGGGGUUCGGUACAGCUCGGAUUUCGGGUGUCUCUUAAUGUAUUUCGUAAACUAUGACGAUGUAGAUUAGUCUCUGAUCUAGUUUAAAUAUGCUGUUUUAUAGACGCGUGUAAAUGCUGGAACACGCAGCUUAUAUUUUUAUUUCCUCAGAAGACGGAACCUGGGGAGUCGAAACUCGUCUCUCUCCUUCUCACCGGUCCAAUUAUAUUUCCACUGCCGUUGUUCCUGCGCGUAACUGCCAUUGUACGCGUCGUAUGAGGGUUGUCCGGUCAUUUUGUUAUUAAUGCCGUAUCUCUUACAUAUCUUUCAAUAUCUGCCACUGAUCAAGCGAGUCGUUACGCAGUUGCCUCUGUGCAUUGUCCAUCCUUGUUCACAGGAGUGGUUUCUUGAUGACUAAAGUUCGACAAGAUAAUAGGAGAGGGGUCACAACUACUGUAGUUUUUUGGGGGGUCACAGAUAACUUAGGUUGAGGGAGGGAGUAAUAGCUAAUAUAGUUUGGGGGAGGGGGCACAACCACUGUAGUUUUUGGGGGGUCACAGAUAACUUAGGUUGAGGGAGGGAGUAAUAGCUAAUAUAGUUUGGGGGAGGGGGCACAACCACUGUAGUUUUUGGGGGGUCACAGAUAACUUAGGUUGAGGGAGGGAGUAAUAGCUAAUAUAGUUUGGGGGAGGGGGCACAACCACUGUAGUUUUUGGGGGGUCACAGAUAACUUAGGUUGAGGGAGGGAGUAAUAGCUAAUAUAGUUUGGGG